AGAGUAACUAGCGACUUCCGGCGCUACUGACUUCCGUCAACCUACGGGCUCCGUUCGAGAGUAUGUUUUUAUUUACGUGGUAUUGCGCUUGCUGUAGCGUUUUUCGGGUCAAAUUUCUCAUUCAUUCACGUAUUGAUCGGCUGUUGUCUCACAGUGUCAGGUCAGCCUUAUGCCCGGUUCUACUACGUCUCACUAUUUGACGGCAGGGCUAGAACGGGCGCAUGACGUGAAUAUGAGUGCGGCCGAUUAAGGUUCCCGCGUCAGGUGGUGACUGUCCCUGUCUUUGCUUACUAUCCAGUUUUGAGUAUCUUCGAGCCACCUUCGGGGAUCAACAAAGAAACCAACUGUUCCAGCAACGACCAGAAUGUGCGUCGCGAAACUUUAGUUCUUUGCACAAAAUGAGCAAUGUUUCAGGACCGAGCAAAAAGCGCUUGAAGCAGUCCAGCUUACUCGAGUUCGUCUCGAGAAUGAGGGAAUCCCGCGAGAGCUCCGCCGAAGGCAUGGAUUCCGAAAGUGAGAACCAAACGUCGCACGAGAAGAACGUUUCAGCAACUGUGGACAGCAAUACCAGUGAAUCACCACUCGGUGAAUCGGCGCUCUCGCAGACGGAACGCCUCGAAUGCAUCGAAACAAACAAUAGCCAAUCAACCGAAGUCGACCUGUCGCAGGAUCUUUUCCCAGAACUGGGAAUUUCGUCUCCCAAAGAGACCUCGCAAGCUUGCUCGCAGGGCUCUUCACAAGGGUCAUCUCAUUCUUCAAGUUCUGAAGAAGCUGCCGCUGAUGACGGCUGCAUUCCGUCGAGCUUCAAGCGAACUCCAGAAUGUGGUGUCGUACUCCCUGCCCUCACAAGCAAUCACACGGUUUUCUGCAAGAUGGUGCCAAGUGAAAACGGUGCUCUCAGACCAGAUCCAACGACACCCUACCCAGAGACGCUUGUGGAUAAGUGGGAUGGAUCCCACGUCCGGAUGCCUUGCUCUUCGCAGAGUGUCUACCCGGUUGAAGACCCGGCUAACGGCAUGUCUCUCAAAAGUCGUUGGUGGCUAAUAGAAAGAUCCCUUAUGUCACCCAUCGACAACUCUCGGGAUUUAGCGAAUGCGAUUCUCAGGUACAAUGGCCGUUUCUCAUCAAGCUGGAACUUCCGGAGCCUUCACAAAUUCUUUUCGGAGGAAUUGGACUCUUCAGAAGCAAGAAGCUUCUUCCAGAACCUCCUUCCCAAAAUAGCUGCUUUAGCUCUGCAACUGCCCACUCUGAUUACUCAUCCCAUCCCGCUGCUCAAGUGUGGCCAGAACAAGAAGCUCUCGUUCAGCCAGAUGCAGGUUGCCUGCCUCCUGGCCAACGCAUUCUUCUGCACGUUUCCCCGGCGGAACACACUGAAGUCCAGUGCUGAGUACUCCCACUACCCCGACAUCAACUUUGUCCGGCUUUACUCGGGACCAAGUGACGAGGACUGCAAGAUGGAGAAGCUCAAGUGCAUAAUCAAUUAUUUUAGGAGGAUUACGAGUGAUGAACCGAAGGGCAUGCUAACAUUCCAUAGGAAAGGCUUGAGUGAAUCCAUCGAGUGGUCCAGGUCAAAGGACAGCCUGACUGACCUCCACGUCUCUGAGAAAGGAUUCAUUGAGAGAGAGGGCAGAGGAAUGCUUCAGGUGGACUUUGCCAACAAGUUUGUGGGAGGAGGGGUGCUGGGCGGUGGAUGCGUCCAGGAAGAGAUCCGGUUUCUCGUUUGCCCAGAGCUUCUCGUCUCCCGGCUGUUUACGGAGGCCCUCGGCCCCAAGGAGGUCCUAGUCAUCACAGGCGUGGAGCAGUUUAAUGACACCGCUGGCUAUGCUGACACCUUUUCAUGGGAAAGCGACUUUUUAGAUGACACUCCAAGGGACUCCUGGGGGCGCCGCUGCACGGCUGUGGUGGCCAUGGACGCCCUCUAUUUUGCCAGACCCCACGAGCAGUACAGACCCAUCGCCAUCAGGAGGGAACUUACCAAGGCCUUCUGCGGGUUCUCGUGCCCCGGGGUGCCCGAGGGGAAGCGGGCGGCGGUGGCCACGGGCAACUGGGGCUGCGGCGCCUUCCGGGGGGACCCCCAGCUCAAGUCGCUGUUACAGCUGAUGGCUGCUGCAGUGGCUGGGCGCGACGUCGUCUACUUCACCUUCAACGACAGGCGCCUCUGCCGGAACCUCAGGAACAUGCAUCGGUUUCUGCGGGAGCGCAACCUCUGCGUCGGUGAUAUCUACGAGCUGUUGAUGCAGUACCACCAAGACUGUGCUUCGAAAAACAUUUCCACCAAAGGCGGCCUCUUUGAUUUCCUCUACAGUUGGCAAAUCACCUAGAAGUUGAUGUAUUUCUCUAAGGAAGUAUUUUAGCCACUUUUUUUCCAAGUGCCCUUUGGUCAAGACGUUACACCAAAUAAAAACAAUUUUAAUUUUAAA